GGCUUCAAACGCGGAAUAUCCCCCCCUUCUUUCGUUCCAAUGAAGAUUCACAAUUCGCUCGAUGGUUCCGCCGGACGACGUCAUCCUCUCUGUCAUGGUCACGGUGGAGAUAAAGAAAUGUCGAAUAUCUUUGUAUAUGGAUCAGGCCCACAUUUCCGGACCUCGCUGUGUCUUUCAAGGUGCACCCGUGCAUAUUGCUCUUCCGUGCCGAUCUACAUGAUCUGUCUAAUAUUGCAUUGUUUGGGGACCAAGCACUUUGAUCUGUUUAGAAUCCACACAGACUAUUCCAAGAUGCCGUCUCAAAACGGCCUUCUGCUGUCACUAUCGCCGUGUAGUUUAUGCCUGGAUGAGGCUUUUGUUCACCUAACUUUAAAAAUACACGUGUGGUGCGCUAUGCGAUCCGAUUCCGUGCCUUCCUUCCCAGAGGUCGGUACUUGUCAUGAGCUCCGAAGCGAAGUAGCAUUGACGAAGCUGUGUGGGGGACCACUUGUCUUCGUCAUAUCGCCUAGGCAUUGCUUUCAACGUGCAACAGUUGGAAAAGUGCUGAACCUUCGUGUCAACAUGAUCAACCUUUGGAUGUAGUAAUUCAAACCAACCCCGCCACAGCUCUGCCUGCUCUUCCAAACGAAUUGACGGACACGUUCAUAUAUGAGCUGCGCCACGACGAGGAGUCUCUAUCGUCUUGCAUUCCCGUGUGCCAAUGUUGGGCGCGCCGAUCUCGUUCGCACCUCUUCAAACCAAUCACCCCGGACCCAAUCGUAUGCCCUGACGUCUCAUCAUUCCAUAAAUUUCCGCCGUACAU